AUGUUUUGUCAUGUGCGACCAUAGAGAUGAUAAAGGUCAAUGUGUGUGAAUGUUAAUAAGUUAAUGGGCAGAAACUGCUUAUCAGGUUUGAAAAAGGAUAAUUAAAUAUAUUUCUUAAAACAACAGUGAAACUGAAAGAUUUAAAAUGCAUCUUCGUGCGCGAGCUGCAGGACUGACACUAGUUUUAGUGUGUUUAAUAUCACUAGGAACCAUUAUUUUAAGAGCUGUUUUAAUCGAAAAACCCCGUGCCCCUUCAAAAUGUACAAGCACGGAUAAUGAUUUUAUCAGUGAGACAAGAGGACUUUCAUUAAGAUUAGCAGAAGCAAUUCGAUUUAGGACUAUUUCUUGGGCUGUGCAAAAGUAUGAAAGAGAAGAAUUGAAGAAAUUUGGAGAAUUUAUAAGAAAAAGUUUUCCUCUUAUCCAUUCUGCACCUUAUGUUAACAGAGAAGUUAUCAACGAGCUGAGUUUGUUGUACACUGUCAAGGGAACUGAUUCUUCACUGAAACCGUAUCUGCUAGCUGGACAUUUGGAUGUGGUUCCUGUUGAUUCCAAUCUGUGGGAAGUACCUCCGUUUGACGGUAGAGUGGUCAAUAAAACCUACGUAUAUGGCAGAGGGACGAUAGAUGCUAAACACAUUGUAAUGGGAAUUUUGGAAGCUUUGGAGUUUCUUCUGGAAAAAGGAUAUCAACCUAAAAGAUCUUUCUAUAUUGCAUUCGGCCAUGAUGAAGAGGUCACUGGUGUGGAUGGAGCAGCACAAAUAUCAAAAGUCCUGCAAGAACGUGGCGUUCAACUGGAGUAUAUUCUUGAUGAAGGUAUGAUGGUACUUAACGGAACCAUUCCUGGAGUCGAUGUACCAGUUGCAACGGUCGGAGUGACAGAAAAGGGAUCCUUAAGUGUUAAGCUUACAGUGAAUGGCACCCCUGGGCAUUCUUCUUUUCCACCUCCGGAAACUGCCAUUGUCGUCUUGGCUAAAGCCUUAAGCAAAUUGGAAGGCUCCUGUCACCCCAGUAUGUUUGGAAAAGGACCCGAGAGAACAAUGUUAGAGGCUCUGGCACCUUACGCAUCAUUCCCCUUCAAGGUGGUGUAUUCAAACAUCUGGUUCUUUUCACCAUUAUUGUCUUGGUUUCUCAGUUUAAAGCCCCAUUCUAAUGCCUUGUUGAGAACGACAACAUCAGUUACAAUGGUAUCUGGAGGGGUAAAGUUAAAUGUUAUCCCAACUUCAGCAUCAGCUGUUGUGAAUCACAGAAUUCAUCCAGCACAAACUGUAGCUGAGGUUCUAGAAUAUGACCAAAAUCUUAUAGAUGACCAACGUGUAGAAAUCGAAGUACUAGAUGCAACUGAGCCACACCCUGUUUCUCCACAUGGAGAUGAUGUGUUUGGAUUUCAGACACUACGCAAGAGCAUUUAUCAGAUCUUUCCUGGCAGUGCUGUAGCUCCAACCAUGCUUAUAGCAAACACAGACACCAGGUGGUACCUGUCUUUGUCCAAGGUCAUCUACCGUUUCAGCCCUAUUAAUAUCCUUCCUAAAGAUUUAAGCCUUAUCCAUGGAAACAAUGAAAGAAUAAGUAUUAACAAUUACGAGCAGGUAGUUAAUUUCUAUUACCACAUGAUGAUAAAUUCUGACGAAGAAAAGCUUGAGGACAAGCAUGAACACGGUGAUGAACUGUGAAACAAUGUGCAAAACCUUAGGAGUUGAUGGAUGGAAUGUUAUCUUGUCUUUGGGAGAACAUGAGAAAAUUUUACAGAUAAAUGUGAAAUUAUUGAUGAAGCUGUUUCGUACAUGAUUGAGCUUGUACUGUACACUAAGAUUUUUACAUAACUGUUAAUUCCAUAAUCAAUUCUAUUCAUUUAAACAUUAAUUCAUUAAAUAUUUUCUUAAAUGUCUUUUGUUAAAUUCAUACUUUUAAAAGUAUUUACAUACAAUUUUAUUUUUUUUCAGAAAAUGUUCCUUAAGUUAAAAGUAUAAAAAGCCCUGAGUAAGAGAACGUUUGCCAGUAAAGUUUUCCGUGUCUUCAUAUUUUGUCGAUCAUGUGAGUUUAGUUAAUCUUUAAGUACUGUUUAUUUUUUCUCUUACUCCACCUUAACAAUUGGCCGUCCUUUGGUUUUCUUCAGAGACUAGUAUUCUGUUUUUGUUCAGACUUGAACACCGUCAUAUCUUGUAUCUUUAAGCCUACUCACAGCACAUCCCUUCCCUAAAUCCACGAAACUCAUUUUUGCAGAUAUCAGGUAACCACAAUCAAGCAAGACCUUUUAUAUUUACAACAGAAAAUAAAGAUUUACAACAUAUUUUUAUUCUUUCUCUCAUUAAUAAGAAAGUUAAGAAUUUGAGGGCCACUUUCAAUAAAAAUCCAGGACAAAUUCAACAAAGA